UUCGGCUGCGCCCCCCGCGCCGCGCACGGACCCCCGGGCAGCUGCCACACUGGAAAUAUGGGGUCGGAAAACCCGAGCCCGCAGAACCCCGGCUGUAAGAUCAUGACCUUCCGUCCCAGCCUGGAGGAAUUCCGGGAUUUCGGCAAGUACAUUGCCUACAUGGAAUCCCAAGGAGCUCACCGGGCAGGGCUGGCCAAGGUGAUUCCUCCCAAGGAGUGGAAGCCCCGGAGGACCUACGAUGACAUCGAUGACAUGGUGAUCCCAGCUCCCAUCCAGCAGGUGGUCACUGGGCAGUCGGGGCUCUUCACCCAGUACAACAUCCAGAAGAAGCCCAUGACGGUGGGGGAGUAUCGACGCCUGGCCAACAGCGAGAAGUACUGCACCCCUCGACACCAGGAUUUCGAGGACUUGGAGCGCAAGUACUGGAAGAAUCUCACCUUUGUGUCUCCCAUUUAUGGGGCUGAUAUCAGUGGCUCCCUGUAUGAUGCAGACGUGGAUGAAUGGAAUAUUGGCAAUCUGAACACCCUGCUGGACAUGGUGGAGCACGAGUGUGGCAUUAUCAUAGAGGGUGUGAACACCCCCUACCUCUACUUUGGGAUGUGGAAGACAACUUUUGCCUGGCACACAGAGGACAUGGAUCUCUACAGCAUCAACUACUUGCAUUUUGGGGAGCCAAAAUCCUGGUACGCCAUCCCUCCGGAACACGGCAAGAGGCUGGAACGCCUGGCAAAAGGAUUUUUCCCAGGAAGCUCUCAGGGAUGUGAUGCUUUCCUCCGUCACAAGAUGACCCUCAUCUCUCCCUCAAUCCUGAAGAAAUACGGGAUUCCCUUCGACCGGAUCACCCAGGAAGCCGGAGAGUUCAUGAUCACCUUUCCCUACGGAUACCACGCUGGCUUCAACCACGGCUUCAACUGCGCCGAGUCCACCAACUUCGCCACUCUGAGAUGGAUUGACUACGGAAAAAUGGCAACCCAAUGCACGUGCCGCAAGGACAUGGUGAAGAUCUCCAUGGACGUGUUUGUGAGGGUCCUGCAGCCAGAACGGUACGAUCUGUGGAAACAAGGAAAAGACAUCGCUGUCCUGGACCACAUGAAACCCACAGCUCUGACCAGCCCAGAACUGGAUGCCUGGAACGAGACAAAGGCAGAGCUGAAGGCCAAAUUGCUCCGCAGGAUAGGAGAUGAGGAAGAGGACAACAAACACCGGUCUCACAGAAAAAAGAGUCAACACAGAAGACACAAAACAGAGGAUCAGAAGUCUCUUGGGGAUGUCAUGGCUAUUGAAACUGCCUUGGAAGACGUGAAAGUAAAAGAGGAGCUGAAAAGAGGGACAGACCUGGAGGAAGAGGAGAGAAGCAAAGGGAUUGAGGGAGAAGGGGAGUGCAAAGUGAAGGCCCGUCCUCCGAAAGUGAAAGGCGAGAGGAAGAAGAAGCACCUUUUCCAUCAACACCAGCACCACCUCCAAGCCCCCCAGCCCCCUGUGCAGCCCCCGGUGCCACCCCCAGCCCCCCAGCAGCAGCUGGCAGAGGGCGAGGCGGUGGCAGCUCGGCCCUCGGUGCCCCCGGUACCCCCAGUGCCGACCGCGGCGGGGAAGAACCUGCCCCCGGCUCCCCUCAACAUCAUCCAGCCCUCGGAGGCGCCGGCGGAGGAGGAGGAUUUCAAACCCAGGCCCAUCAUCCCCAUGCUCUACGUGGUGCCCAGGACCAAGAAGGUGGUGUUCGACAAGGAGCGCAUGUCCUGCCAGCAGGCCUUCGAGCAGUUCGCCACCCAGAAGAGCCUGGGCUGGAGGGAGCAGGCGGUGCCCCUGGAAAUCCCAGGGAAGGAGGAGGAGAACGCAGAGAGAGCGACAAGCACAGAGGUCGCUGCAGAGACUGCUUCUGCUUUCUCCAAAAUGAAGAUGGAGAUCAAAAAGAGUCGUCGUCACCCCCUGGGCAAACCCCCGACCCGCUCCCCGCUGUCCGUGGUCAAACAGGAGACCUCAAGUGAUGAGGAAAUGUUUCCAUUUUCUGGAGAGGAAGAUAUGAGCGAUCCGGAGGCUUUGAAAUCUUUACUUUCCUUCCAGUGGAAGAAUAAAGCACUUAAUUUCCCAGCUGAAAGGAAAUUCAAUGCAGCUGCUGCCCUGAGUGAGCCAUACUGUGCUGUCUGCACCCUCUUCUACCCCUACAACCAGUCCUUACAGGUGGAUAAGGAAGCUGGCCCAGUGUCCGCAGGGGAGCCCUCCUCUUUCAUCCACCUUUCCAAGUGUGGACAGAAGACCAAGCCCCUGAUCCCAGAGAUGUGCUUUACCUCAAGUGGGGAAAACACGGAGCCCCUCCCUUCAAAUUCCUAUAUUGGAGAGGAUGGAACCAGCCCCUUGAUAUCCUGUGCCAAAUGCUGCCUGCAGGUUCAUGCUAGCUGUUACGGAAUUCGUCCAGACCUGGUGAACGAGAGCUGGUCUUGCUCGCGGUGCUCAGCCAACGCGUGGGCAGCGGAAUGUUGCCUGUGCAAUCUCAGGGGAGGAGCUCUUCAGAUGACCACUGAUGGGCGGUGGGUCCAUGUAAUCUGUGCUAUUGCUGUCCCUGAGGCCCGUUUCCUCAAUGUAAUGGAGCGUCAUCCUGUGGAUAUCAGCGCUAUUCCAGAGCAGAGAUGGAAACUGAAAUGUGUCUACUGUCGGAAGAGGAUGAAGAAGGUGUCGGGUGCCUGCAUCCAGUGCUCCUACGAGCACUGCUCUACGUCCUUCCACGUCACGUGCGCGCACGCGGCCGGGGUGCCCAUGGAGCCGGACGACUGGCCCUACGUGGUGUCCAUCACCUGCUUCAAACACAAAGCAGCGAACCAGAAUAUCCCGUUCCGAAGGGAGGUGGCCCUGGGGCAGACUGUGAUCACAAAGAACCGGAACGGGCUCUACUACCGGUGCAGGGUGAUCGGCACAACGACACAGACCUUCUACGAAGUCAACUUCGACGACGGUUCCUACAGCGACAACGUCUACCCCGAAAGCAUCAUUAGCAGGGACUGCAUCCAAAUGGGACCCCCUCUGGAGGGGGAGCUGGUUCAGCUGCAGUGGACGGAUGGGAUCAUCUACAAGGCCAAGUUUAUCGCAGCCCAGAUCAGUCAGAUUUACCAGGUCGAGUUUGAAGAUGGUUCUCAGCUAAUGGUGAAGCGUGGAGAUAUUUAUACCUUGGAGGAAGAGCUUCCCAAGAGAGUCAAGUCUCGCCUGUCCCUCAGCACUGGGGCCCCUCAGGAAGAUGUAUUUUCGGGAGAUGAAGUGAGACCAGCCAAGCGUCCCCGGCUGGGGAAUCCAAGAAAUCCUGAAGAAUAUGGACAGAACCCAGACUACCUGGCCUUUAUGGAGAGCCUGUUGCAGACACAGUACCAGCCUGGGACUCAGAGCAACAUGUUUUAACCAGGAUUAAUUAAUUAAAAAAAAAAAUAAAAUCUUAAAUUAACCCUUUUUUUGAGUUCGUGGAAAGAGAAAAAAAAAAAAAAAUUAAUGAGAAACUGUGGAAUGGAAGACCAGCCCUGUGCAAUAGUUUGCUGUGAAUUUCUUUCAUCUCCUCUUGGUUUGGACUGCAGGAAAACCCUGUCUGGCUCCACGCUACCUCGACCUUGCCAGGUGUUGCUGACCAAGAGAGUGGGGAGCUUGGAAAAA